AUGGUAUCAACGGUAUCCUUUGUCUCAACGUUACCGUCGUCACAGCGGGCAAUUGUCCAAAAUGCAAGUGGAAAAGCCAAGCUUGCUGAAGAUGUACUAGUACUGACCCUGCUUCCUGGAACUAUACUGGUCAAAACAAUUGCCGUUGCUAUACAACUAUGUGAUUAUAAAAUGGGCAGAAUGUGCCCCAGCGAGAACGCCGUGGUCGGGACUGACUUCUCUGGUACGAUUGUGCGCAUACACGCCGAUACAAAGACAUCACUUCAACUUGGCGAUCUUGUCUGCGGGCUUGUACAUGGUUCCAACACGAUUGAUGGUCAAAAUGGUGCUUUUGCUGAAUAUAUUCGCGCACCUGCCGAUCUAGUUCUUCGUGUGCCACCUGGACUUUUGCCAGAACAAGCUGCCACAUUGGGCACCGCGCUUGCGACCAAUUGUCUAGCUCUUUGGGACACAUUACGUCUCACAGCAUCUCCAUAUUCCAUUGCAUUGAAGCCUUUUCCGGUACUUGUUUACGGAGGUAGCACAACCGUAGGCACCAUGGCGAUUCAGCUCUUACGUCUUUCUGGGCUAGAGCCAAUCACAACGUGCUCGCCUCAUAACACGGAUCUAGUACUUAGUUAUGGUGCCACCGCUGUGCUUGACUAUUCGGCAUCAAGUACUAUACUUGCCAUUCGCGAACUUACUGGUGGAAGACUUGGCUAUGUUUUAGAUUGUAUCGUUGAUCCUGAGUCGGUCGCCUGUUGUUAUACGGCGAUCGGACGCGUGGGAGGGCGAUACGCAGGGUUGGAGAAAUUCCCUGACGAAGCGCGCGCACGCGUAGCACAGCGCCGUGCUGUCAAGGCUGAGUUUGUUAUGAGGUUGGAGGUUUUUGGAAAGAAGGUCGAGUUGCCGGGGGAAUAUGGCCGCCGGGCUAGUGAGGAACAACACCAGGUCGUCGUAAUUCCGGGAGCUUUCGGCGCAAUCCUGGAUGGCAUUCAACUCUUGCAAAGAGGGGUAAUUUCAGGAAAGAAACUGGUAGUACUUGUUUGA